GAGCGAGUCCAGAGUUCCCGAGUGGCGGCCAUUCUCCGGCGGGAAAUCCUAGAUCGCUUACUCUUCGUCAGCGGCUUCUGACUUGGGAGCGGAAGGGAAGGCGCCAAGAUGACCGACCGCUACACCAUUCACAGCCAGCUGGAACACCUGCAGUCCAAGUACAUCGGCACGGGCCACGCCGACACCACCAAGUGGGAGUGGCUAGUCAACCAGCACCGCGACUCGUACUGCUCCUACAUGGGCCACUUCGACCUGCUCAACUACUUCGCCAUCGCGGAGAAUGAGAGCAAAGCGCGAGUCCGCUUCAACCUCAUGGAGAAGAUGCUGCAGCCCUGCGGGCCGCCGGCCGACAAGCCCGACGAGAACUGAGCCGGCGCCUUCCCACCUGGGCCAGGGACGCCUCCUCCCGCCGUCCCGGGGAUGCGCUUGAACCCCCGGUGAACCGGGCCUCGUGACUCCGGCUCGCCGACCCGCCUGACCUGGCCUCGGGGUGUGCCACCGGGACCCCCUGAGACCCGCCUCACCUGUCACCGGGACCCCCUGAGACCCGCCUCACCUGCCACUGGACCCCGUGAGACCGCCUGACCUGCCACUGGACCCCGUGAGACCGCCUGACCUGCCACUGGACCCCCUGAGACCCGCCUGACCUGCCACUGGACCCCGUAAGACCUGCCUGACCUGUCACCGGGACCUUCUGAGACCGCCUGACCUGCCUUGCGGGGCUCCCUCGGAACGAGCCACGGGACUCCCUGAGACCUGCAGGUGGAGAGGAGUGAGAUGGGACUCAGAAGUUUCUUGUUCUGUGACUUUUCCCAUAAAGUUUAGAAAUUGUU